GCGAACCCAUACACACUUGUCACUAUGGACGGAUUUGCAACAAGAGUAAGGACGUUUGACGCGUUCCCCAAGGUGGACUCCGAGCACACGGUGCGGUCAUUGCGCGGAGCCUUGUCCACCAUAGCCACGUAUUUCUUCGCCCUCGUGAUUCUUUGGGUCGAGGUCGGGGGGUUCCUUGGAGGGUACGUGGACCACCAGUUUGUGGUGGACGACCAAAUACGAACCAACUUAUCGAUAAAUAUUGAUAUGACGGUGACAAUGCCGUGCGAGCUUAUACACACCAACGUCGUGGACAUCACAGACGACCGGUUCUUGGCGGCCGAGCUCUUGAAUUUUGAGGGUGUCCAUUUCUUUGCCCCACCUCAGUUCUUCCGAAUCAACAGCCAAAACAAGGAGUACGAAACCCCCGACUUGGAUCAUGUGAUGCGUGAGAACAUCCGCGCCGAGUUCUACAUUAGCGGCCAGAAAAUCAACCAGGUAGCCGGUGCCCCUGCCUGUCACAUCUUUGGGACCAUCCCCGUCAAUCACGUCCAGGGUGAAUUUCACAUCACCGCCAAGGGCGUGGGAUACCAGGACCUGCUCCAUACGCCGUGGGAGAGAAUGAACUUCUCGCACGUGAUCCAGGAGUUUUCCUUUGGCACCUUCUACCCGAUGAUCGAUAAUCCAUUGGACAUGUCGGGCAAAAUCACCCACGAAAGCCUUCAAAGUUACAAGUAUUAUUCCAACGUGGUACCCACGUUGUAUGAGAGAUUGGGAAUUGUGGUUGACACCAACCAGUAUUCGAUCUCCGAGCAGCACCUUGUGAUCAGAAAAGAUUCCAAUGGCAGAAUUUAUCUGCCACCUGGUAUAUUCUUCAAAUACGAGUUCGAACCGAUCAAAUUGACUAUUGUGGAGAAACGGCUUCCAUUCAUUCAGUUUGUGGCACGUCUUGGAACUAUUCUUGGUGGUCUCUUGAUACUAGCUGGGUAUGUUUUUCGGAUGUACGAGAGGCUCUUACGAUUGUUGUUUGGAAGAAAGUACACGGAGAGAGACACCGAGAAAAAAGACGGAGGGCUUUUGGCAGCGGAGAAGAAGGAUUCAUAGGUAUGCAUCUGCCGAGAAGAUCCACGCCCAUGCAUCUGCCUAUAUUAGGCCAUUCUAAAUAGACUAUUAUCGCCUCUACUCAAUAAACUCACCGAUGCGAUUCAAGGCGCGGAAAUAACU